GUAAAAUCCAAUUCUGGGAGGUCUUCUUGGCCGACGGGGGCGUGGCCGACGAGGGCACGGCCGACGAGGGCACCCGGGUUCCUUGGACUCAGGACCAUAAUCCGAGUUGGUCCCUUUUCGGCCGACGGGGGCGUCUUGGCCGACGAGGGCGCCACUCUGUUGUCUUGUGCUUCCUGUUCUUCCGAGUAUGUGGGUCCGGGGGCUCAGACCCAUAUACUCCAUCAGGAGUCCCCCACUCUCUAAGCUGAGACGUAGACGAAGUGAAGGAGAGUAGAUUCCUGUGCUUUGUUGCCCUUGGCCGUUACCUGUUCCUCGUUGUGGACAGGGAGGCCGUUGUUUACUUGAUGUCUUCGUUUUGGGACGAUGAGUGUCCUUCUUUCAAUGGUGGCCGUCGAAGGCACGUUUUGCUUGGGCGCUGAUGGUUGAAGUUUGUGUUUGGGCCGAUGAGGCCACUGUAGUUGGUCCUUGCUUCGAGGACGAUGGCGUCUUUCCCUUUGGAUGGCCGAUGAGGGUGUUUGCGCACUCCUUUUGGCCGUCGUUGAUUAGCUUUCAUGUUUCUGGCCGAAGAGCCCUUUGUGAUUAAGUGAUGGCGAAGGACGAUGAGCGUCCUUGCCUUUGGUGGCCCGUUGGCCGUUGCAGAUGACGUUGUGUGCCUUCGGUCGACGAGGUGCAGUGUGAUGUGUGGCCGAUGUGGCCAUGCUCUGUGGUUACCUUGUUUGCACUCUCUUUUGUUUUGUUGAGGCCGGUGUAGUCCCCCAGUCCCCCACUGCUUCAGGCCGAAGAGUGUGAGGGGUGAAGGAGUUGCUUGAGUCCCUGGCCGAAGCGGUCUCGCCGUAGUCCCCCUGAAUCCAACCCUCAUGGCGAUUUUCUGGCCAAGGUAACCCUGUGGGAGAACCCUUGUGCGCAGAUCGCUUGUAGAGAGUUAUCAUCAAGGGUUAUUACGAGGAGCCGAAGGCUGUGGGCUCUUUGUUCCCUUUGUUCUGUGGCCGUUACGUUCCUGGCCGUUGCCAUCUUAUUGUUUGGCACUUGUGAUCUUGGCGAGAAGUGGGACGUUGUGGGCGCUUGCUGACAUUUGUAAAGCCAGUGAGCGUGUGUAGGCCGUAGAGUCCGUCCUGCCAGUGGGCUAUUGAUAUUGAGUUUGGCCCGUUGAUGACGUGGUGGCCCCCCAUUGGUGGCCGUUGGUGUGGCCAUUGGGGGGGUGCCACGUGUAGUGACCGUUGGGUGGGGGGUUCUAUAAAUACCCCUCCCCCUCCGACGAGAAAACGUAUUUGUAUUUUGAAUUUGUCGAAGUGCUGGCCGAUUUUCUAGAGAGAUAAACUCCCAAGCCUGUUCUUCGUGUUCUUCGUUGUUCAAGGUUAGUGUUCAUCGCGAUCUUCCUCACUUUUCAUACUUUGCUUCCUAGGUUGUUGAUCUAGUGUUAGGCGUUUGAACACCUUUAGAUCCUAAGUUAUUCCCCUUAGGCUCGUAGUAGUUGUUAUGAUGAAGAGCUUGAACGAAGACUACUAUCCGUACGACGACCAGCCCUCCACUAGGUCACUCGACUAUGAGGUGCUCGAGGAGUUCGAAGAGGAGAUAGAGCGUUUAAGUCCCUACAAAUCCGGAGAGCCGGUGGACGAGGAAGGCGAGGACGAGGAGUCCGCCUCCUCUUCAAAGGGUGAGGACGUAGGUGCGUCCCGAGUGGUGGACGGGGCGUCCACUUCUGCUGUCAUUCCGUGCCCGAGGCCGGUGUCUGCCGUGAAGGGAGCAGCUAAGCCGAAGAGGGUGAGGAGGCCGAAGAAUGGGCCGGGCCUCUCCUAUCUGGACCUCACCAACAUAUUCCUGAUCAAGCCGGAAAGCAGUGCGGCCGACUAUCUUGUUGCCCAGAUGUAUGUGGGGCCGUUCGGGCGGGUUAGGGCACCCAGGCCGACGGACCAUGUUCUACUUCCGCCACCGGGAUACUUUGGAGUAUACCCGAUGAGUUUUGCUAAGGGGUUGAGGUUCCCCCUUCACCCUUUCAUCAUUGAGUAUCUGGACAUGGUGGGGCUUCCUCCGGCCUUGCUGACGCCGAACAGUUAUUCCUUGAUGGUGGGCUUUUUACUCCGGUGCGAGGAGCUGGGCUACAGGCCGACAACGGCCCUAUUCAUGAAUUUGUACCAGAUCGGCCGAGGAAGCCACAAGAACUGUGCGGCUUAUGCUACUCUUCAACAGCUGCCGAAGAAGAGGAGCUUCACGGAUUUGCCUACGUCCAUUCAUGGGUGGAAGAGCAAGUUCGUGUUUGUGUCUAUUGGCGAGAGUGGCACCAAGUUCCCCUCUCUCGGCCAUACCGGGAGGUUCAAUCUCCAUGACCCGCCGAAGAGCUCUAUCUUGGACGCUCAGGUGGAGGCUUUCCUGGAAGGGGGGCCGAGGAGCGUGAAGGAUUACGUUACUGAAUACAAGAUGACCGCCCUCGGCUUCUUCAGAUACCACCUGUAUGGAGAUAAGGAGGAUGACCUCCAACUCUGGCCGAGGAUGACCACCACAUUUGAAGAGGCCGACGGCCCGGAUUUGGGCAUCCCUGCUGAGGCCGAUGGUAAUUAUUUCUUCGGCUUUCUGUCUUUAUGUUUUGUUCCUUUGCCUUACUAAUCCAUUGUGUUUUUCCUUUGUAGAUUUUGCCAUGGACCGACGUUCCAUAAUGGCUAUUGCCAAGGCCAAAGCGGCCGAGGAGCUGGCUGCUAAGGCGGCCGAGGCGGCCAGACGUGCCGCGGCCGGUGGGAGCGGGGCUACUGCUGAUGCGGCCCCAAAGCCUGCUCCAUCGAAGAAGAAAAGGCCGGCCGCUGACGGCCAGAAGAAAUUAACUGAGGCCGGCCUGAAUGUCUCCAAGAAGACGAAAAGGGCACCUUCUCCUUCCCCGGCUACCGAGGCCGGUACUCUGGCUGUUCCCAGCGUGGACGAUGGUGGUCCCGUCGUGGACCUGACUGUUGCUGGUGAUGCUGCCCCGUCGCUUCCUCUCGUCCAGGAACCGAGGACGAAGAGGGCAGGCAAGGAGAUAGCCGGUGCCACCUACCAGAAGAUGGUAGAAUACCCCGUCGGCGGGGGUGUGUUUGAUGAUGUUGUCCUGGGCCACGACGUCCUGGCCCAGGCCAUGCCGGCCAAAGAUCGGGCUUACUUGAAGAAGCUCGGGGACGUUAAGAUUUACGAGGGCGGCAUGGACCUCCUCGUCCAACAGAGUGCCUUCAUGCUUAUGGAGAGCCACAAGAGGCAAUACCGAGAGAUAGCUCGCUUGAAGGAGCUGGAGCAGAAGGCCGCCUCGGCCGACGAGGCGGUAGCUUGCCUGGACCGGCUCCGGGAGGAUGCCAGGGCGUUGCAGGCCAGGGCCGAUGAAGCCGCCGCAGCCAGGGACGAUGCCCUGGCCAAGCUCGAGGAGAGCAAAAGGGAGCUCGAGGAGUCCCAAAGGGCCCUGGAGGCCGAGCGGCGCAAGAGCGAGGAGGCCGUCAAGGCGAAGGCGGAGGCCGAGGCCGCCGUCGUGAGGGCUGCUGACGAGGCCGUCGAGAAGUUCCUGGCCGAGGGGUGGAAGGCCGAUGAGAGGCUCCCCUGGUGCUACGAGGUGGUGGCCGCCAGGCUUGAGAGUUGGGGGAUGAACUCCCCUGCCGGCCAGGAGUAUUUCAGCCGAGAGAUGUCCGUGUAUUAUAACCUGGGCCAGGAGCAGAUGCAAAGGCUCCUGUGUCGGCGGCUCUCUCGUGCUUUGAAAGCCAUGAACUAUACGUCUGGGUGGGCUAGACGGAACCUGAAGCUGCCGAAGCUGAUGAAGGAUCCAGAAGAGCAGGCAAAGCUUCCGUUGUCGGAGCGGGAGUCCCCAAUUGAAAGCUCCGGCCUUGGCGAGCCGGAUUACACCGAGUUUGAUUUUUUGGACGAUGCCACAAGUGCUGCAGCCACCGCCGGCCAGGAGGCUGAGGCCGAAGAGGGAGCAGACGAGGCCGAAGAGCCAGCCGCAGAUGGAGGUGCUCCAGAGGCUUGAUCGGCUACUCCUUUGUAGUUAGUUUUCAUUUUUGCCCAAAUGAUGUAACGCCCGAAGAGCCCACCUUUGUACUGAAUUCAAUAUAUAUGAAAAUAUUUUGCUGUCCUGAUCGGCUUUGAAUUCCUUGCAUGCUUGUUUGCUAUUUGUUAUUUCAAUUCCGAAAUUUGUCUAAGUGUCAAGGUCAUAACUUGGGUGACCCGGGAGUGUCCGCUACGUCCGUGAGGUCAUCCACCCUGUCCGGUGGCCUGGUCGGCUUGUUCGUCGUUGCUUUACUACCAUAACACUUAGGAUUUUUUCAGAAAAUUUCCUAAGUGUUUUGGGUUCACUUGGAUGCCUUCUUCCCGGUCUGAUGGCUUGGUUGGCAUGACCGUGUUGAUGUAGUAUCAUAACACUUAGGAUCCUUUCGAAAAAUUUCCUAAGUGUUUUUGGGUUCUUACAGUUGCUUCCUUGUGGCCUGGUGGCCUUGUCGGCUUGGCCGGUGGUUCUUGGCUACCAUAACACUUAGGAUUUUUUUUUCAAAAAUUUCCUAAGUGUUUUGGAUCCCUUUAGGUGCUUCCCUUUUCAGCCUUGACCGUGGUGUCCGCUCCGUCCGGGCCUUGGAUUCAUCAUUUUUGACAAAUGCUCUGGGAGAUGUCCCAAGUGUUUGAGCCAGUGUCAUUGUCGGCCUGUAUCCUUUGUGUUGUGGCCGAUAAGGGCAUCUUAACCUUGAUCGUUUUGAACUUAGAAUUUUUCUAAGUACACAUGCAGAGGUGUGGGUAGAUAACGG